GCCUCAGUCUUGUCCAGUCUCUCGGUUGGAAGGGUUGUAAAAGUUCACGGAUUUAAACCCUCCACGAUCCACCUAUCUCACAACUGCAUUGCAAAUUACGGUUCAGUAGUUGAAGAGAGGAUGACAAUAUACGCACAGACCAAGUUUUAGGACUUUUUUGCCAACCUUUUACUUUCCUGCCAUCCAUCUAGUUUCGACCCAUAUGCGACAAAGCAAACAUUUAUCAAUCAUCCAACACUUCACGCACUGCAAAAGGAGUUGUCAAACUUGGAGAGUGAAAGUGCGUCCGUACAAAAUACACACAACAAACAACGGUUGACAUUUAGUUGCGAACAAAGUGAUACAUCGUUGCUCCAUUUAUUCCACGAAAGGUUCACGUAGCAAGAAGCAGACGCAUGUAUCAUGCAAAAAAGUUGAACCCCGUAACACAAAAAGAACUAAAAUCCUAUUGUCGUCCUUCGUAGUUUUGACCGUAGUUCGUCCCCAGUGUCACAUCCAUUAAUUUAGGGAAUCCCGUUCCUCAAGGGAGGACGAGUAAGGGCAUCGACAUUCUCUGGAAAUAGGAAAAGUACGCUUAAAGUAUUUUGCGAUUUAUAACGACAAAAGAGCAAAAGUGCGUUUAUUGCGUACUUAAAGCCAAAGCACAAGAGUGACAAUACGCGUCGAUCAGUUCGAUCUGAUGUUGUGUCCAGGCGAUUAGAAACAUUAGGUUCCACGUGUUCGCGUGUAUAAAUAGGCUCAAUUUUGGAGAGGCUGGACGUCGAACUUUAAUUUUUUCGAUUGGUCACAAGUGGAUUUCGCUUUAGCAUAUUAUCGCUAAUCGUAUUGGGACUACAACACUUCUCUACCUCACAUCAGGCAACAUGGAUUGAAAAGCGAAAACGGAAGCGUGUGUAUCAAUCUACAGAUACAUUUGUCUCGCAGGAUCAUUGCAUUGUUAAUUGCUAAUUACUGAUUAGCUAAUAGUAAUAAGUAGUUCAGCUCAAAGACAAUGAGAAAAUCCAAAAGUAGCUGCAAAUACAACCCAAUACCAAUGGCGACCAUAAGCGAUUCUACGUUCUUUGUCAUCCUGCUAGUGUCAUGUCUGGUGGUGAACAUUGGAGGUCAGUAUUUACCGGCAUUCUACGGACCCUUUGCCGACAUUCAGGGGGACUACUGUGCUGCCAGAAUCGGAGGGUGUUGUCCUGGACGAAUUGACGACUGCUCAGUACCCAUUUUGGGAACUUUGUGCUAUUGUGACCGUUUCUGUAAUCGCACAGACAACCCCGACUGUUGUCCCGACUAUUUUAGUGCGUGCAUGGGAAUGCACAUUAUUAAACCUCCAGAGGAAGUGGUUAAAUUGCCAAGAUGCUUCCAGAACGGUCAUUUUGUUGAGUAUGGUUCUUCAGUCAAGAUAAACUGUAAUCAAUGCAAAUGCGACAAAAACCCGAGUGAUCCAACCAAGUUUGAACUCUUGUGUGAACGGGAUACUUGCAUGAUUGAUGGGACCUUAAUUCAAGCGAUCAACGAAGGGGAUUACUCCUGGUCAGCAGGGAACUACUCGGACUUUUGGGGGCGUAAACUUUCACACGGGCUACUUUAUCGUCUCGGUACAUUAGAGCCAGAACGAGGGAUAAAAAGCAUGGAGCCAAUCAAGUUUGUCUACGAGGAGAAUAUUAUUCCCAGAAGCUUUGACGCUCGAACAAAGUGGCCAAACUUAAUUCAGGGGGUUCGAGAUCAAGGUUGGUGUGGUUCUGACUGGGCCAUGACAAUAUCCACCAUCACUGCGGAUCGCUUAGGGAUCCAAUCAAAGGGAAUCGAGAACAAAAUCCUGUCCGCCCAGCACUUGGUCUCGUGCAAUACUCGAGGUCAACAAGGCUGCAAUGGAGCUCAUUUGGACCGAGCGUGGAAUUUUAUCCGCAAGUUUGGAGUUGUGGACGAGGAUUGUUACCCGUACGAGAGUGGAGCAACCAGCACUACUGGAACCUGCAUGAUUUCACGGAAGGUGAAAGCUCUGGGAGACGUUAACCAGUGUCGGUCAGCAAACACGCUCAACGGGAGAACGGAAUUGUAUAAAAGUCAGCCAGCUUACAAAAUUGCAAACAAGGAGAAAGAUAUCCAGUAUGAAAUUAUGACGUUCGGACCUGUUCAAGCCGUAAUGGACGUUUCGCCGGAUUUCUUCAUCUAUCGUGGAGGCGUGUAUAAGAGAUCUGGGCUGCAGCCCGGCGAGCGGACAGGAUAUCACUCGGUCCGAAUCAUUGGCUGGGGGGAAGAGUUUCACCAGGGAGCCAUGGUCAAGUACUGGCUCGUGGCCAAUACGUGGGGCACCAAGUGGGGUGAGAACGGACUGUUCAAAAUCCUUCGAGGAGAAAAUGAGUGUGAAAUUGAAAGCUACGUUUGCGCAGCUUGGGCAAGAACUGCCAAUCGCUUUUCCUACAGAAAGAAAAAUCCUUUCUUUUAAAAAGGAAGAGCCAGACACGAGCCAAAAUGAGUAACAAUACUCGAAAAUGUGUUUCAUUCAGCUAAUCGUUAAAUAUACUUAAUAAUAAAUAUUGUCGUAGUAGUGUUUGAUAUAACAAGUUGCACAUUCAUUGAAAACGUACCUAAAUUGUUAAUUUUAAUUGUGAUUUUCAACAAUGUACAGAAUAUUCAAGCUUAAAGUCCAGCCGAUCUGCCGAUUCAUAUUAAGCACGCGAGCGUUGUUCCUGUUUGAGUAUACUAUAUAUUUUUAUUUUACUUUUGUGUUCAGACAUUUCCCAAUUUUGUGUUGAAUUAACUAAUGUGUAUCUCAACGGAUAUUAUUUCUGCAAAAUAUGUAAAUGCAUAACUCAGUAAGUCAGUAAUUAUGCGAUUUUUAAUUUACAAAUUGAAACUAUUUAGUAAUAAUUAUAGAUCGCUAGAGAGGAAAAAA